AUGCAAGCCCUGAAGGACCUGUCGGUGUACCACUGCAGCCCGUGCCCAGACCCCCACCGCAUGAUCAGGGACCCAGGCACCGGCGAUUGCAAAUGCAACGUGAGUUUCUCAGGUGGCACUUGCAUAGAUAUCGUGGACUACGACGAAAUUAACGACAGGCACCCCGCGAUUUCGGCAGUAGAGGUAACAUUCCGUGACUUGAUCGACGACCGCGAAGAGUUCUGGCAGUAUGGGCCCUUUGGUACCCAUUUGGGGCUCGAAGAGAGAUAUGACGACAUCAUGGAGGUGCUGAGCGUAGAUGGCAUCGGCAGCACCAUCCAAGUCACCAGCGCCAUGUUCAAAUGGCUGUAUAUGCGCUGCGCUGUUGGCUGCGAGGAUGGAAACGAGACCGCUUGCCAAUGCAUAUCGAACUUGUGUGUGCUGCAGCUGUACGAGGAUACGGCCACCGUGUGCACCGUGCUGACCGACUUCCUCUACUCGGGCCGCGAGACCGUGGACGGCUACCUUGGCUGGAGGGUGGGCAUGCCUUGGCUGUUCUACGCGCCUGCCACAGCCGACCAGACGCUCUACGACACCAGCCUGCAGUGGAAGUUCGUCCUGCAGGAUGAGGUGGAGGAGCCGCCGGGCUUCACACGUGCACACGUGCGCAAAUACACGUGGAGCCACGAGAGCGCGCGUGAACGCGUGCUUGGCGCGCACGCGCGUUUCUUUCACUAUCUAGUUCCCGCCUCGUCUAGUGCCAAGAGUUUGGCCUCGGCGGCUUCGGAGGAGCCUGCGCUGGCGAGGGAUGCCGGGUCCACGAACACGCUGUCGUUCUGGUUGGGCAGCUUCUCGCUCGAGGGCGAGUGGCUCGGGUGGUCCGAGCUGGGCUCACAGCUGAACCUCUGCUUGGAGCUGGGGGGCACGUCCCAGCGCCCGCAGGCGGCGCCGAGCGCCUGGAAGCCUGAAAAGGUAACGCAUUGGACCAAUUGCAACGGCGGCUGGCGGGCAAAGGUGAGGCAUAUCUGGGUGCCAGACAACGAUCUUACCGUUCUGCACCUGUGGGUACUGAGCACGCACCUCCGUUCGGAGCAGCUCCAGCCAAGUUCGCUCACCACCGAGUGCUCCGUGGGGCUCGACCAGCUCGAGCUCUGCGGCGAGAGCCCUCUCUUCCACGACCUGUUCGUGGAGAACGUGGACGGCUCGCUGGUACCAGUCCCUGUGCGCAUACUCAACCUCAUGCAGGGCCAGAAGAGGCCCAACCUCAACAGGAUACCCGAGGAUCUCGGCGACGACGUGUUCGUGCGCCGCUUUACCUUGUGCGACUCCCUCACGGGAAGGGAGGGCGGCCCAGAAGUUUACCAGGAUCCGCGGGGGUAUUCGCCUGUUGCCUUCCGCUGGGCCGCGCACAUGGCGGUGCAGGUGCGCUUGAGACCAGACAGCGACGGUCAGAUCUACGUGCCCGUGCUGUCAAUCGCCUAUGCCGACAAGAGGGAGGCGGGCACGGGCGACGGGCCUGUAGCCCCUGUCAGCUUCAAGGUCGAAUAUUCCAUGGAGACCGGCUCCUACUGGACGGUCGUUGUUGUGCUCUUCUCGAUCAUGCUUGUCGUGAUGGUGGCUGUCGCGGCUUUCCGCGUGUAUAUGAUCUCGCUUCGGUACCCGACGAUGCCAGCGGUCAUGGCCGCGGGCGACCCACAGAUCUUCGUGCCCAAGGCCGUCCUGAUAGGUCACGUGCUGACGGCCACUUGCUUCUCCCUGCUCUUCUGGUUCCACUUCUCGCAGGCGAUGUACUGGUACGUCCUGUUCAAGGCCCAGUCCGUGCCCCACGUGCUGCUGCCUUCGGCCUUCGAGGGCGACCAGUACGAGCCGCACGACGUGCUCAUCAUCCUCGGCUUCCUGCUGGGCUUUGCCACGGUCGCCCUCGGCCUCUUCCGGCAGCUGAAGGUCUUCAUCUUCCUCGUCGACUGGGAGCGUGGCCGCCAGCAGCCCGAACUCCCUCCAGGGUCGCCGCCGCACCAGGCCCCCGAGUACAUGCAGCAGCGGCCCGGCGGCGCCCUGGGGCCAGGGCCGUACGGGCAGCGCCCCCCGGCGGAGCACAUGCCUCAGGCGGUGGGCGCGCCCCUCCUCGCGCCCAGCGGCGGCCAGCCGCCCCGGGCGCCGCUGGACGCCCCGCCACCCGACCAGGAGCCGUUUCGCACGUCGUCGUUCGUGACGUGGCUAGUGAUGGUGGGGCUGCUGGAGGGCGCGGGCCUGAAGAACGGGGCUCGCUGGUACCCGCGAUUCUCGGGCGACGAGGCCAUGAUGACCGCGCAGUACAAUCCCUUCCUCCAGUUCGGGCUGAGCGGCUUUAUCUGGAUCCUGACCCUGUUUGCCCAGCUCCUCGUCCGCCGCGUGGCGAGCAUCUUCAUCGGCGACGACCUGAUCGACUUCAUCGACCUGUGCUCCGUCUCGAACGUGUCUGUAGUGUUGAUGGACGAGCCCUUCCACGGGUACUACAUCCACGGCCGGGCACCCAGCAACAACAGCGACGUCUGCCACACCGACUUGGCCAGGGCUCUGGCCAGGGAGGGCAAGGGGAUCGGCUUCGGCAGGGGCCUCACCGCGGACGACUGCCAGACCUUCGAGAUGUUCCUGCCCCCUGAGCUGGGGGUACAGGGCCCCACGUCCGCAGUCAACUUCCGCAGGGAGCUCCUGAGAAUCUUCAGCGACGUUCGCACCACUGACGCGGAGGUGGCCCAGCGCAGACCAGCCCGGCCCACCGAGGCAGACAUCGCGGAGAUGUCGCGGCACCGUUGCUCCGUGCAGGCGCUGAUCGACUCCUUCGUCCACGCCGUCAUCAGGAACGUGGACGAGGUGGUGCGCUACCGCUCCUCCAUGGACGCGUUCCUGGGCAUGCCCCCAAAGGGCGGGGUGGCGGCGCUGCGGUCGCCCGUGUUCUUCAGGGACCAGGACGGGCCCUCCUUCCCGAACGGCGUGGGGUGGUCUUCAUGCCUGGCCCACGGCGCGGAGGUCAGGUUCAUGGGCGUGGGCCUGCCGACCGGCUUCGAGUGGAACAUGCUGCUGCUGGAGUUCAUGCUCUUCUCGGUCGUCUGGCGCUUCUACGGCUCGAUCUACCUGGCCUCCGCGCUGGGCUUCGUGCUCAACAGGCUCGUGAUGGCGGUGUACGGCGAGGCUGGCAAGGCGCAGCUGGCGCACACGUCCAUCAUCAACCCGAUGUUCCUGAUAUGA